AUGGACCAGCAUGCUGAUCAAGAUGAAGAGUUCCAGCUAGCUAAAGAAGAUGGGAAGUCUAAAGAUGUUGCAACCAAAGAAGAUGAUGCCUUAGUCAUUUCCAAUGGCCCCAUAACUCGAUCCAAAGCUAAGAAACUCAAGGAAGCUAUUGGAGGAUUAAUCAAGAAGUGUUUGAUGCAUGAAGAAAGUCUUGAAGGAAGCUUGAUACUUCAAGAUGCACUUGAAGCAAUGGGAUCCGAGGAUGAUGAGGCAACUCUUAUGAGGAGAAACAAGCUAUUACAAGAAGCAAUCACCAAAGAUAUCCUUGCAGCCAUGGAGAAGUUGUUGGAGGAUAAACUCGAUCAAAGGCUAUCUGAUAGACAAGACCAGAAUACUGAGCAGAGACGUGAGCCAAGGAUCAAUAGGCAUGGUCGUCGUGAGCAUGCUGGAUCAGAAGAGACUGAUAACUUCUAUGAGAAAAGUAGCCAUAGCUCUGGAUCAAGAUACAGCAGUAGGAGAUCGCGACAUGAUCAUGAGGGCAGAAGGCAUAGGCGCAAUGAGCUAUCAGGAUUGAAGCUUAAGAUCCCUCCUUUCCAUGGCAAGGCUGAUCCGGAUGCAUAUCUUGAGUGGGAAAAGAAGAUAGAGCUUGUCUUCAAUUGCCAACACUACUCUGAGAUUAAAAAGGUUCAAGUUGCUGCUACUGAGUUCAAUGACUAUGCAUUGAGUUGGUGGGAUCAGUUGGUUACAAACAAAAGGCGCAAUGGGGAGUUUCCUAUUGAGACAUGGGCUGAGAUGAAGUCCUUGAUGCGUAGGAGGUUUGUUCCCAGCCACUAUCACCGUGAUCUUCACCAAAAGCUGAGGCUUCUUACCCAAAGUUCCAAGUCGGUGGAGGAAUACUAUCAAGAGAUGGAGUUGCUUAUGUUGAGAGCUAAGGUUUCCGAAGAUAGUGAAGCUACCAUGGCACGGUUUCUUGGUGGGCUCAACCGUGAGAUACAAGACAGGGUAGAGAUGCAGCACUACCUGGAGAUAGAGGAGAUGCUACACAAAGCUAUCUUGGUAGAGCAACAAGUUAAGAGAAGGAGCCAUGCGCGUGGCAGCUAUAGUUCCAGUAGAUACCAGACUUCUAAGGAGGACAAACCAAGCUAUCAGAAAGAGGGCAAUCCACAGCCAAAGGAAGAGUCUAAGCCUAGUAGCAUCUACAGCAAGAAUAAAGGCAAAGCAGAGGCUACCAGCUCGCGUGCAAGAGAUGUGAAGUGCUUUAAGUGUCAAGGGCGUGGGCACUAUGCUAAUGAGUGUACCAACAAGAGAGUUAUGGUUCUCUUGGAGAAUGGCGAGUAUGAAUCUGAAGAUGAAAGACCUGAGACUGAGCAAGAAUCUUCAAAAGCAGAGUAUGAAGAGAAACCAGUUCAUGGUAGGCUUUUGGUUGCAAGGAGGACUCUCAGCUUGCAAAACAAAUCCGAGGAGCUAGAGCAAAGAGAAAACCUAUUCUACACUCGUUGUAUGGUACAAGGAAAAGUUUGUAGUCUGAUAAUUGAUGGUGGAAGCUGUGUUAAUGUUGCUAGUGAAACAAUGGUGAAGAAGCUUAGCUUGAAGACUCAAAAACAUCCUAGACCAUACCGACUACAAUGGCUCAAUGAAGAAGGGGAAAUGAAGGUAUCCACACAAGUGUCAAUUCCUUUAUCCAUUGGAAGAUAUGAAGAUGAGAUCCUAUGUGAUGUGAUACCAAUGGAAGCCAGUCAUAUCUUGCUUGGGAGACCAUGGCAGUUUGAUAGAAGAGUUACACACAAUGGCUUUACUAACAAGCAUACCUUUGAGUUCAACGGCAAGAAGACUACACUGGUACCUCUAACUCCUAAAGAAGUGCAUCAAGAUCAGCUACAGCUUCAGAAAAAGAAAGAAAUAGAUCUUAAACCAGAACCGAGCAAGCAGCACAACUUCUAUGCCAAAACUGGUGACAUCAAAAGAUCUAUCUACUCUAAUCAAUCAGUUCUCUUAUUUGUUUUAAAAGAAUCUCUUGUUAGUCUAACUGAUUGCACACCGGUGUAUCCGAGUGAGAUGUCAGCUCUUUUACAGGAUUAUCAAGAUGUGUUUCCAGAAGAUAGUCCCACCGGUUUACCACCUAUACGAGGGAUUGAGCAUCAGAUAGACUUUGUACCCGGUUCUACUCUUCCCAAUAGACCAGCCUACAGAACCAACCCGGUUGAGACCAAGGAGUUACAAAGGCAGGUUGAGGAACUGAUGGAGAAAGGAUUGUUUGUUGUGGUUUACUUUGAUGAUAUCCUAGUUUACAGCCAGAGUCUAGAAGAGCAUCUAGAUCAUCUUAAGGCUGUCCUUGAUGUUUUGAGAAAAGAGAAGCUUUUUGCUAACCUUAAGAAAUGCACUUUCUAUGGAGUGAAAGUGGAUCCAGAGAAGGUGAAAGCUAUACGAGAAUGGCCCAUCCCCAAGACAGUGAGUGAAGUGAGGAGCUUCCAUGGACUUGCUGGCUUCUACAUGCGUUUUGUGAGGGAUUUCAGUACUAUAGCAGCUCCCUUGACUGAGACUUGGCAGCAUUAUCUAUGGCCUAAAGAGUUCGUAAUCCACACUGAUCAUGAGUCUCUCAAGUACCUUAAAGGCCAGAACAAGCUCAGUUUUGAGCAGAUUAAAGGUAUGUAUGAGACUGAUCCUGAUUUUAAAGAUGCUUAUAACUCUUGUGAAAAGGGAAUCUCAUGGAGGAAGCCUUAUGGGUCACUUUGGUGUUACAAAGACUCUUAA